CCCACCCCCACCGUCGGUCUGGCCGUCAGUCGCUCCGUGGCCGUUACCGUGGUUGGUGUCCGUUCGUGUCAUUUAACUCGCGCGCUCCACGACGUUCCUCGGGAUUUCUCUCGCGGCGAGAACUCGUACUCGCGAGUGAGAGAUCGAUCCUUUCGCGAUCUCUCGGCGACGGGUUCGCGCGAGCUACGUUAUUUUCGCGCUCGGAACCGAGUGUGUGUGUGUGUGUGCAGUGUGCCAGCGUGUCACAGUGUGUUGCGACGCUCGACGACUACGACGACGACGACGACGACGCCACCGCCACCGCCGCCGUCGCGCCGUCGAGAAGCGGGAAAAGAGAAAGAAGAAGCAGGAGUGUAGUAAAUAGAGUUCGUAGUAAUAGGAUCGUGCUACGUCGGAUACGUGUGCUCUCGAGGGAGGAAUCUUUCGGGUCAGUGUUUUACGACGACGCGGCAGAGGGACGCGACGCGGGUUUUUUCUACCUUACCGACCGAAAAAAAGAAAAAAAAAAGGAUAAGCCGCGCGUCACUCGUAUCGCGCGGAGCACAAAGGAAGGAGCGGGCACGGCCGCCGAGGAGAUCGGGUUGCCUCCUCGCUCGCCUCGUCACGUCGACUCGCGCGCGCGUCGUGCGUGACUCCGAAUGAACGCGACGACCAGCCUCACCUGACCCGGCGGACCCGGGGCGGCGCGAGGAGGAAGAGAGAGGAGAGGAGAGGGAGGGAGGCCGCUACCGAGCAUUGCCCGCGCGCGCGCGCGGGCACGCACGAGUGUACACUUAGGCGACCGAUGAGACGGUAGUGACGGAUGGAUUGGUGGCGACCGCCGAUGGAUUUUCGGCGGGAAAUCGGGCUGUCGCGAGUCACGUCCGCGUACGCGUCGCACCAGCGAAACGUAGCAGCACGUCGUCGAAGCGGCGGCACGACGACGACACGUCAUCACCGAGAGUGCCGAUCGUCGUCUUCUUCGUAGCGGACGACGCGUGAUCCGAACGAGAGAGAGAAAGAGAGAGAGAGAGAGAGAGGGCAGUCCACCUCUCUCUGUUAUCGGUUGUUGUUUGCUGUGCCGUUUGUUGCGUUCUUUUUUUUCUUCUAUUACCGCUGUCGUGUCGGAAUAAGUGUGCCGCGGCUGACAUGACGCAUCUCCUCCACUUUUGAAAAGGCGUUCCGAGAGAGAGAGAGAGAGAAAGAGAAAAUCACCACGUCUCCCGCCAGUCAGCGUGACACGUCGCUGUCGCUCGGAUAUCGUCGCGUGUACCUUUGUCGACGCAUCGAGCGGGAAAUCACGCAGGAGAAAGGAUGUAUCCUAGCGCCGGAAUUAACGCGGCCGCUGUGGCCGCCGCUGCUGCCAGGCAUCCGGGUCCACCGCAGCCCGGGCAGCCAUUCAAAUUUUCGGUCGGCGAGUCCUGCGAUCGUAUCAAGGAGGAGUUCAACUUUUUGCAAGCCCAAUACCACAGCCUUAAAUUGGAGUGCGAGAAACUGGCCAGUGAAAAAAUAGAGAUACAGAGGCAUUACGUGAUGUAUUACGAGAUGUCGUACGGGCUUAAUGUGGAGAUGCACAAACAGACGGAAAUAGCGAAGAGGCUGAAUGCCAUUGUCGUACAGAUUCUGCCGUUUCUCUCGCAGGAGCAUCAGCAGCAAGUCGCUUCGGCGCUCGACAGAGCCAAACAAGUGACCAUGACCGAGCUGAACACUAUUAUCGGGCAACAGAGGCCCGAUCUGCCGAGACUUCUGCAGCAAAUGCACGCCCAGCAACUGCCACCGGGUGCAGCGAUGGGACCGCAUCCGGGUAUACCUGGACUUCCUGGAUUGGGCCCAGGCGCGGGUAUACCAGUACCAACCUCGGCAUCCGCGGCGCUUCUCGGUUUAGGCCUUCCUCCGGGAGCGGCUGCCACCCCUGGAGGCACGGCCGGGCAUCCGCUAUCAAUGCUGACGAAACCGGAACUUCAUCGCGGUCAACCCGAUGAUCUCAAACCCAACGGUGGUCUCAAUCCAGCCGAGGAGAGGCAUAGAAACUCGAUAUCACCGGCGGAACGAGAGAAGUACAGGCCGCGUAGCACCCCCGAUUCGCAGCAUGAGCAUAUACUGGCGAAGAAGCUGAAGAAGGAACAGGACAAGGAUAUAGGCCAUCAAAGCGAUGGUGAAAAGAGCGACCAAGACCUGGUGGUUGACGACGCGAGCGAGGGUCCAACCAGCCCAGCGGCGAAUGGUACGGCGUCGCCGCGGGAGAAUGGUCUCGACAAGUUGGGCCCGUCCUCGGUACCUCUGAGCGGUCAGGUGAAGAAGGAGGUACCGCCACCGUCACCUAGAAGCGGCACCAGCAGCAACGCGAGCACACCUUCGGCUAAGAAGAUGGAAGAGCGCGAGAAACCAACGACACCGAUCUCGAAACCUGUUACACCGACGUCGGCAGGUAGCAGUUCCGGUUCUGGUGGCCUGAAACCAUCGAGCUCCAGCAAACCGUUGGUCUCGGCGUCGGUGGUCGGUCCUUAUCCGCCGCACUAUCCGCCACCACAUCAUCCCCCCACGGGACCUCACGUGGACAUGUUAGGCUAUCCCCCCGCGGCGCUCAACGGUGGUUACCCCACGAGACCACCCCUUCAGCAGCUUUACGAUCCUCACGGUAGCAUGAGAGCGCCGCUCGGACCGAUCAUUCCACCCGGUGGUAAACCCAGUGCGUACAGUUUCCACGUGUCUAGCGAAGGUCAGAUGCAGCCGGUGCCGUUCCCGCAGGACGCGCUCAUUGGCCCGGGCAUUCCGCGUCACGCGCGUCAAAUAAACACGCUAACUCACGGUGAGGUAGUCUGUGCCGUGACAAUCUCCAAUCCGACCAAGUAUGUUUACACCGGCGGAAAGGGCUGCGUUAAGGUGUGGGACAUCAGUCAGGGUGGCAGUGCUAGCGCGAAACCCGUCUCUCAGCUCGAUUGUCUGCAACGGGACAACUAUAUCAGAUCGGUGAAACUGUUGCCUGACGGAAGAACUCUGAUUGUGGGCGGCGAGGCGAGUAAUCUUAGCAUCUGGGACCUGGCGAGUCCGACACCGAGAAUCAAAGCCGAACUGACCUCUUCGGCACCAGCGUGUUACGCCCUAGCCAUCUCGCCGGACUCCAAAGUUUGCUUUAGCUGUUGCAGCGACGGCAACAUUGCCGUAUGGGAUUUGCAAAAUCAAACAUUGGUUAGACAAUUCCAAGGUCACACGGAUGGUGCUUCGUGUAUCGACAUCUCUGCCGAUGGCUCAAAACUAUGGACAGGUGGCCUCGACAACACAGUGCGUUCUUGGGACCUUAGGGAAGGCAGGCAACUACAGCAACACGAUUUCACGUCACAAAUAUUCUCUUUGGGAUACUGCCCGACCGGUGAAUGGUUAGCCGUGGGUAUGGAGAACUCUAACGUCGAAGUGCUACACGCAACGAAACCCGACAAGUAUCAAUUACAUCUCCACGAAUCUUGUGUACUGUCGUUACGUUUCGCUUCGUGCGGCAAAUGGUUCGUCUCUACCGGCAAGGACAAUUUACUUAAUGCAUGGCGCACGCCAUAUGGUGCCUCGAUUUUCCAGUCGAAAGAGUCGUCUUCGGUGCUUAGCUGCGAUAUUUCUACGGAUGACAAGUACAUCGUGACCGGAUCCGGUGACAAGAAAGCCACCGUCUACGAAGUGAUGUAUUGAGCCACAUAUUGGCUUCACGAUACACUUCGAUAUACAACAUCUAUUGAAGAUCUACGUGACGUUAAGUGUGAUUGACUUAUGACGGAGGAAUUGAAAACAGAAAAUUAAUUUUUUUUACUCUUUAAAUGUGACUUCAAGCAGUUAUACGGCGAGCUAUCAAGUUUAAUAACAAUUGACAAGACUUGGUCAGUGUACUACGGUCGCUACAUUGGAAACCGAAUUAAAUUCCACAUUUCUGUAAUCACAAAAAAAAACUAAAUUAUAUCCGAGGGAUAGCAUUCAAAUUAUGGGGUUAUAAAUAUAUAUAAAGAUUACAGAAUUUAGCUGUAUAAGAGAUUGUAUAGAGCCUAUAAUCGUAAGUAGGAUGAAGCGAAUGGAAUAGAGAGUGAAAGAGCGAGAGAAACAAGUGCGUGUGAGUACCCUCCGUCUGUAUUUAAUGUGGGAGGCGAUAAUAAGGUCGCUUGUGUAAUAUGUUACUGAUGUAAUAUAGAAUCUUUAUAAUUAGGUCUUUUUGCAUGUGAUCGUGAAAGAAAUGGAGCGAAGAAUCGAGCGCAUUUCGUCGGGCAGGUGAUCGUUCUCUUGCGAUAAUGCUGCAACAACGAAACGAACGCCACGGCGAAAUAUUUGAAUACGUACAGAAUGCUGAUCUAGUGUUGUAGACUUGUCAAAGUAGGGAUGUAUGUUGUGUCGCAGAAUUAUACAUAAUAUAUUGAGCACACAUGUAGGCAGAAUGUUUACGUCAUGUAGCGGAAAACUGUAGGGCUAUGAAGAAAACCGAUAAGUAUCGAUCACGCUAACAUUGUUGAAUGUACGCGACGUUGCGUACGUUCGGUAUCGAAGCCAGCGAUGUGAUCUUUGACAUUUCUACCACCGACAAGAGGAAUAAUUUGUACUUAUUCAUUUUCAGUUUUAAAUACAAUUCUUUUGUAAUUAUAUGGCACUGUUGCGUCUGCCGUUAAGACUUUAUUGUAAUUGAGAUUUUAUAAAACGUGUCGAAGGACGGUGAUAAAACAAAGAAAAAAAAAACAGGAAGAGAGAGCGAAAGAUACUUUUCAAUCUUUUGCAGUAAUUAUGAAACUGGCUUUCAUACGCCUAUUACGAGCGGUAUCGAAUACAAAUAGGAACCCUAUAAGUUACGCGCCGAAUGCGCACCGGAUACUUGAUACAAUUGUACAUUGUUUGCGAGUCUUGACUGCCAUAAUAGGCAUAUACAUACUACGCACACGCAUAUACGCGUAAACAAACACGAGCGAGCGGACCACGUUCGUGGGCGGAUUUUGCAAAAUAUUCGAUAAAGUAUUUUUGUGACUAUUCAUCGUGAGAUCCUAGGCUUAACCAUCGAGCAAAAACCGGUCGUGCGUGAUCGACCACGCGCGCGUCUGCAUCGACGACUGCAGAGACGGGACGAUAAUGUAAAAUGAGGCGAAACACUUGAAUUCUUACACCGCCCCUUCGGUGCAGAUUACAAAACCGGAGGUGUGUGCAUCUGGACUUUUUAGGGUACUAGCUAGCGCAUUAUUAUUCGGAGGCCGUAUGGUGAAAGCGGAUGAUGCGUAAUCGAGAUUUAUAUUUUGUUACAGGAAGGCACAUACAUACAUACACACAUACAUACACGUUGACAUCCGCUGUGACCGUCCGAAACUCAACGCCACGAUAAUACCUGCCGCGAUAACAACUUUGCAUUGUAACGUGAUCAGCAUUCACGCGCGUGGUUGCGGUGCUACGGCACAACGAACCAGAUGAAUGGAUCCACGAUUUUGGACGAUCACAGCCCCGUUCGUAUAGACCAAUAGAAACAACGAUACCUCAAGAAGACUCAAUAGUUAAUUAUCUCUAACUCAUCGACUUGUACAGAAUCGAUAUUCUUUUACAGUUGAAUAACACACGCACCGUGAAAAAGAAAGCAUUACGCGAGACAAAAGAAAAAGAAUCGCAUAACCGCGACAAUGAUCGUACCCCGCCUCUCCCCCAUCCCGCCCCCCCCUUUCCUUUCCUAUCCGAGACCAUACGUGAUACGUUGAAUUGCGUCUCCGUGCUCGCAUUUUGCACUCCGAAAGCGUACGAAAGCCGCCGUGGGAGAGAAUAUACGUUCGUAAUAAACGGAAGACAGGCAGCGUUAAUCUUUUUCCAAGCACUGUUCAAGUUGUUCCUAUAGCUACGCGAAAAUUGUUUCUUUCGGCAAUUAAAUCCUCUAUAUCUAUA